AUGGAAAAAGGUGUUCAGGUGUGCGUUAAAUUCGAGAAAAAAGCUAAGAGAAGCGCCGAGACGCAAUCGGAAAUUUCGUUGUUUAAUUUAACAAGUGUUGGAACCCAGUGUGGGAAACAAGAUUUUGUUGAGAAUGGAAGUUACAGUCGUGAGGAAAGGUUUAAGGCAUGGACGUAUGAUAGAUUAAAGUUCGAGGUACUAGAAGGAAAAGAGAAAACAAUACGCUGGUGCAUGGAUGAGGGAUUAAUUGCAAGAGAGCGACUUUGCGGUUAUUGCAAGAAAUCAAUGAAACUGGUACAAUGUGAUGAUCGUUCAGAUGGUUUCAAAUGGGAAUUGUUGAAAUUCACGUACUGGUGGUGCCGUGAUAUGAAACAAAAUGAAAUACGUCAUGAACUUAACAUUGCUUCUAAUACAGCAGUAGACUGGGACUCGUUCUGUCGCGAAACAUGCGAAGUAACUCUUAUUGAGCGAGAAGAGCAGAUCGGUGGUCCUGGGAAAACUGUUCAGAUUGACGAAAGCAAGUUUGGCAAGAGGAAAUAUCAUCGUGGUCAUCGUGUUGAAGGACAAUGGGUGUUUGGUGGCAUUGAAGAAGAAUCUCGAAGAAGCUUUAUGGUAGCAGUUGACAAAAGAGACGAAGCAACGCUUUUACCUUUAAUUAAGAAACAUAUUGCUAAAGAAACCACCAUAGUUUCUGACUGCUGGAAAGCGUAUUCGAAACUUGAACUAAACGGUUAUCAGCACCGUUUAGUGAAUCAUUCAAAAGAGUUUGUGAACGAAGAUGGUUUUCAUACAAACAAAAUAGAGGGUCAUUGGAGACAAGCAAAAAGCAAACUACCAUGUUUUGGUGGCUUUGUUGAAGUUAGUGGUGAUGGUGUCGUGGUCAUAUCCGCGAUGGAUCAGUGCAAUCAGGAGGUGGUUUAG